GGAGGAGCAGCGAAAUCUCUAUAAUCCAAACCCGUGAUGACAAGUUAGAACUUCCUCAAGAAACAUAUAGUAGCGACGAAGAUGAUUUUUUUGAUAUAUAUGAGGAAAAAGACCUAGAAGAAGUCAAAAGUUAUCAUACUGACGAUACCCAAACAGAAGAUGAAGAAAUUGAAACCUUGGAUGAAAAGCAGCAAGCCGAAGCUCUACGUAUCCUACAAGAAUCACGCGGUUUGUUUGCAUCUGGGUUGGAUGAAUUAGGCCAGUACCAAGAGAUCCA